UCGAGCUGACAAAUUGCAGACACGGUCGAGUGCGCAUCGGAACGGCGCUUCACGGCUUACGGGUUACGGACUACGAAUUGCCGAUUACGGGCUUCGACUCACUUACGGUUGCGCUUACAGUUGCGUGGAGUGUUUGCUUGAUUACCCGACUAGCAAGAUUCCAGUUCAAGUGUCGCAAGUUCAAGUGCGAUUUGGCAAAUUGUUGGACUUAUUUAAAUCGAAGUGCUUCUCAAGUGGCCAAGUGAUCGCACUGCGAGGAUGUUGCAGCACCACCAGCAGCAGGCUCAAUCGGGUGGCUACUACGAUCACUACACUCAGUCCCCCAGUCCGGGCAGCCUGACGAACGCGGAUGCCCUGAACACCACUCCGUUUUCGGUCAAGGAUAUCCUGAACAUGGUCAACCAAACGGAGGCCUACGAAGGUUCCUACGGGCAUAUCGAUGGCGCAGCGACUGCCUCGGCGCUCUUCGGCGCCGGUGAGUACCAGCAUCCCCACCAGUACCUCAACCACCAGCAGCAUCAGCAAUCCGAGCUGCCGAUUGCGCAGCAGCAACUGCAUCACCAGCACUUGGACGAUGGCACCACCACAUCGUCGUCCCUAUCGCCGCUCUUGCCACCCCCGCCGCACCAGCUGUACGGCGGAUACCAGGACUACGGUAUGCCCGCCCACAUGUUCCAGCACCAUCACGGACAUCCCCAUCAGAGUUUCCAGCACUCCGCCUCGGCCUACAACAUGUCCGCCUCGCAGUUCUACGCCGGCGCCUCGGCCACGGCCUACCAGACCCCCGCCACCUACAACUACAACUACGCCGGAUCUGGUGAGGUGUACGGCGGAGCCACGCCCUCGGCGGUGGGCAUCAAGAACGAGUACAUACCCACGCCCUACGUCACGCCCUCGCCCACCCUGGACCUCAACAGCUCCGCUGAGGUGGACAGCCUGCAAGCUCAAACGCAGAAGCUGUGCGUCAAUCCCCUGUCGCAGCGACUCAUGGAGACAGCUAGCAACUCGUCCUCCCUAAGGAGCAUCUACGGUGCAGAUGAGGGCGCCAAAAAAAAGGAUAACAGCCAGGUGACCUCCUCGCGUUCCGAGUUGCGAAAAAACAGCAUCAGUGGGAACAGCAACCCGGGAAGCAACAGUAGUUCGACCAAGCCACGGAUGAAGCGAAAGCCUCGCGUUCUCUUUUCCCAGGCACAGGUCCUGGAGCUGGAGUGUCGCUUUCGACUCAAAAAGUAUCUGACGGGUGCGGAGCGCGAGAUAAUCGCCCAGAAGCUCAACCUGUCGGCCACCCAGGUGAAGAUUUGGUUCCAGAAUCGUCGCUACAAGUCGAAACGUGGCGAUAUCGACUGCGAGGGCAUCGCCAAGCACCUGAAGUUGAAGUCCGAGCCCCUGGACUCGCCCACUUCUCUGCCCCCGCCGAUUCCCAACCACGUGAUGUGGCCCCCAACCAUGCAGCAAUCGCAGCAGCAGCAGCAUCAUGCACAGCAGCAACAGAUGCAGCACAUGUAGUGGGCAUCUCGCAGGACGAAGGAUUCGAGUCUCUAAUUUAUUGCAGUUUCAAGCAGAAUAUAUGUUGUAGUGUAAGGAAAACACCUCAUAGCUCUAGUUCUUUGUUUUAUGUAUAU